GGGUUUGAUCUAGGUCAUUUCAGUUGCAAGCCGAGUGUGCUACCACGUUAUGAAUUCAGUCAUCUACUCUCUGAGAUCAGACAUGAAGUUUGAAGAAUUACUUUGGGAGUCAAAGAAGUCUUGAUACUUAAAUAAGACUUGAGUUGACAAUUAAGGCUUUAGCCUUUUCACUGAUUUAGUUGUCUGAAGAAGAUUGUGAACUUUCAUGAACAAAUGGCUGCAACGUGUAUUAUGAAACAGGUCGAGGAGCGACAUGUUGCGACUGAAAUCACAAGAUGUGUUUGGUCUCCAAAGAUGGAUUUAGUUGCUGUUGCCAAUGUUCAAGGACAAGUUGCAAUGCAUCGAUUGUCUUGGCAACGUGUGUGGGUGAUUAACUCUCCGGGAGAAAACGUGAAAGUUACCGGACUAGCGUGGCGACCUGACAGCAAGGUCCUUGCAGUAGGAUAUUCCACAGGUGAAGUGGUUCUAGUGGACAUAGAAGACAGCAACCCAGUUCACAAGCUGAAUGUAAAUGCCGAGGUUACAGCCCUCAACUGGGCUAUGCAUGUCCUAGACGAGGCCCCCAAGAAGGAAACUUUAUUUGAGGACUCAUCAGAGAUGUUUCUGCCACCACUUCCUUCCCUCUCCAAGACAUACACAGGAAGCAGUGGUGAGGAUCGUGAGGAAGGGUGGCACGAAGGUUGUCUACUACGGGAUCCAUCAUUAACCCUUCUAACUGUUGCUACAUCUGCAGCAUCUGUCUACAUCUAUGCCUUUGGGCUCUUUCAUUGUGCUACAGUCAAUCUGGCAGACUCUGUGCCAAGGGCAGGACAGGUUCUAGAUGCUACACCCUCCCAUGAUCUCCAUCUGCUUAGUUGUUUGGUGGAACGAGAUCUCGGAGGAGAAAGGGAGGUUGUGCAUGUAACGAUAGAAACCUUGAUUCUGGCUUGCCGUCAUCAAGAGCUCCGUGCUCUUGCUUAUCGCUAUGGUCAGAUUUGUGGACUCAUGACCUAUGCCUCUCACACACUCACACUUUUAGCUGAAGCUUGGGAAAGCAUUUUACUUGAAUUGGAUCUGAAGUUAGCCACAUAUGCUAGAACUGUUCCUGAAGGUGGUGUAUCUGCUGACUUUCUGGAUCUUUUAGUAUUUGGUUUAUCUUCAUCAGAAUUUGACAUGUUUCUCUCAAAUCAACUCACUGAAAAAGGUUUAAAGAAAUUGGGUCAUUCAAUAGAACUUAGUUAUUCUAACAUUCAGAAGUUGGUUCUGCGCAAUGUGCAAGCAGUAGGACAAGCACUUGUGUACCAGCUAAGUGCUCUAGUUGGUCUAGCGAGACAUCAUGAUCGAUUUGGAAUGUUGGGUGUUGAGGAUGUGGUUACAAAUGCUGUCAGGGAAGCUGGAGCAUUUGUACUUAAAGCUGUGGAGCUCCAACAAGUGAUAGAUGGUGCAAUGAGCACUUUUAAAGCCUUUCUUCGUUGGCUGUAUGUAGUUGUGCAGCGUGUUCGGGGUGAGGCUGUACCAGAUGAGAUGAGCCGCAUGACCCAGCAAGAUCUUACCUAUAUAACAGAGUUUUUACAUGAUGGCCUUGAAGAAACAGAAACAGGUCCUGAUGGUGAGAAACGCACACGAUUCCGCUUGGAGCGCGUUGGCCAGUUCCUGAAAGAUGCACCGCUCUCUUGUCCACCCGAAUCAGACCGUAAUCCCUGGUCUAUAUUUCUUGCCGAACAUCCUGCAGUUGCUGAGCAUUCUCUCAUCUUUCCACACUAUCCUGAGCGUUCUCUUUUGCAAGAGCACAAAAACCUUGAGUCUGUUUUGGAUAAUAUGGCUGGACAACCAGCAAAGGUUAUAAGUGAGGCUGUAAACAUUGUUGCUUGGGUCCCAUUUAUGGCCAUAGCAUCAAGUGGGCCAGUAAGUGUGAGCCAGAUAAGCUGCCCUCGUGACAAUGCCAUGUAUACUGUGCUUCUUCCUGGCCUUAAGCAGUCUGUUCUCUAUCUAGCACGGUGGCCAACAAGUGCUGAACGUCUUGCACAGGCCAGUGCACCGCCAGGUCCAGCUCAUCACGUGGAGGCAGCUCCAUUUGUAUUUUCAAGACUAGAGGGAACACGAGGGUGUUCAUUAGAGCAAAUUGGCCCACCAUCCCCUUUAUUGCAGUUAAUUGGGGCACAGUUCUAUUCUGAAGAUACACUAUCUGUGUUGGCACAAGACCCAUCUGAUUCUAAAGCUUCAUUCUUCAUUCAGUUAUGGAUGCAAGCAGCAUGUGGAGAGUUAAGGCCCUUGGCUGUAUAUGGAGGACGGCGCCUGGCAGAGGCUGGUGUGACUACCCGAGAUGCAUGCUCACUGGUGGAUGCUAGUGGGUACAGGCGACUCGAGGGUGGCCCACUCUCUUCAUUGGCGGUCUCUGGAUCUCGUAAAGUUGCACUCCUCUUGUCAGAGAACAGAAGGCGCGUUAGGUUGUUUGAAAUGGAAGUAGAUGAAGACGAUGAGGACGAUGAUGAAGAUGACACAGCCCAACACGAGUCCAUCAUGAAUGCUUCUGGUGCUUCCGAUGAUCAGGUUGACAAUUUAUAAAUAUUUUUCUUUAUUAAAUAUGUUACAUA